GAAAUUUAUUAUACUUUAAGUCGAUGCGUCAUGACUCACGUGACAUCCACCAUUUUUAUUCCUUCUUGCUCUUGUUCAACUGUUUCCCGGUUUAUUAACAACGUUUUAUUGUAACUGGUGUCAUGGUUUCUUCAGAUAAUGAUAUGGAGCCUGAACAGUAUUGUAAGCUCUUCAUUGGAGGCCUUGAUUACAGAACGACAGAAGAUUCUCUCAAGGCACACUUUGAACAGUGGGGAGAAAUUGUUGACUGUGUGGUGAUGAGAGAUCCUAACACCAAAAAGUCUCGAGGUUUUGGUUUCAUUACAUAUAAGAAAGCACACAUGGUUGAUGAUGCUCAAGCUGCUCGACCUCAUAAAGUAGAUGGUAGAGAAGUUGAACCUAAACGGGCAGUUCCACGAGAGGAUUGUGGAAAACCAGAAGCACAAGCAACAGUAAAAAGAAUAUUUAUUGGGGGGUUGAAAGAUGAUGUUGAAGAGGAACACCUUAGAGAUCAUUUUGGACAAUAUGGUAACAUUGUCAAUGUUAAUAUUGUUACUGAAAAGUCUACAGGAAAGAAGCGUGGCUUUGCUUUUGUGGAAUUUGAUGACUAUGAUCCAGUGGAUAAGAUUGUGUUGAAAAAACACCAUAUUCUGAAAGGAAAGAAGACAGAAGUUAAAAAAGCUCUAUCCAAGCAAGAAUUAGAAACAGCUAGGAUGAGAGGUUCAGGAAGUCGUGGGCCAAGUGGAGGAGGAGGGGGAGGAGGAAGAAAUAGUUCCUCAUUUGGAGGAGGAAGAGGUGGAAGAGGAGACUUUGGGGGUUCUUCAUAUGGAGGUGGUGGACAAGGCAUGGGAGAUGGUGCCUAUGGUGGACAAGCAUUUGGAGGAGGAUAUGGUGGUGGCCCAAGUUAUGGCAAUCAAGGAAUGGGAGGCUAUAGUGGUAGUUUUGGACAAAGCCCUGCUUGGAGUGGUGAUUUUGGAGCUGGAUAUGGUGGCAGUUAUGGAGGUGGGGCAAUGAAAAGUGGAAGUAGUUUUACACAGAGAGGAAGUGGACCGUAUGGAGGUGGUUAUGGAAGUGGUGGUGGCGGCGGCGGUGGCAAUUAUGGUGGUUUUAGAAGGUUUUGAGUCCGGAAAACAGUAUUGUACAAAGGGGAUGUAUUAAGCAGCUACCAGAACACAGUUGUAACCAUGAUCUUCAGGGCAGGCAGGGUUCAGAGAAGGCUGUAGGUACCUUAUGUUUGAGGCAGGAAGACGGCAGGCCAACUUACAGGUUUCAGCUUGACAGGAACCAUCAGCUAGGUCAUCUUAUCCUACAGUCAGCCACAUAGAAGAAUUUCAGUUGUUACCCAUUACAUGCACACAAUUGAUACCAUUAAAAUGAGAAUAAAAAUGAAACUGACACUGCAGACUCAAGUCUUAGCUUAAUCAUCCCCUUAGUGUAUGUUUUGAAUUUUUUUGUCAGUGGAGUGUAGGUUAGCCAAUGCUAUUUUAUAUGUUGGUUUUUAAAUCUUCAUUCUUUUACCACUUCAUCACAUUUACUUUUCCACAACGUAUCUAAAGGACAUGAAAGACCCUGAAAAUAUUCUUUAAUUAUGAAUGAAUCAUGAGUUUUUAUAUGAUAUUGUUCAUUUUCCAAUUUUUGUCAGUGGUCGUAUGGUUGUUAUUGUUAAUACAGCAUUGUAGUACAUUCCGCUUGUGUGAGUACUGGCUAACUCCCUGUUGUGGUAAUAAAAAUAGUUCAGUCAUCCAAAUCACUGGAGGGUCUCUAGGUUUCAUGGAUUUACUACAGUUACUCAGUUUAAGAAAGGAAACACACUAGAUCACAUUUUUAUAAAUUAUUUCAAUUUCACAUUUUGAUUUAGAAAAUGGCAAAACAUUAUUAGAUACAUCAGGUAAAAUUUACCCUAUAAAACAGUGUUCAAAUUUCUGUAGUUAAUAGAAAAUAUAUACAUUAUAAUUUUAAUUAUGUGUUAGUGAUUGAAGUACAGUGUUAAUUCAUCUCGCUGCAAAUACCUAUUUUUUUAAUAUAAAAUAAUCAAACUUCAGAUUCAAACAUAAGUGAGGCUGAAUGGAAGAACAAAGUACUAUUACUGUAAGAGAAAAUAUUUGGAUUUUUAGUUACAAAAUAAUUUUUGAUAAUAGAUUAGGAGUAAAAUAAUUCAGAUUGUUCUUAAGCCUUGUUGAAUGUAUCUUGAGAAGAAAACUAGUUAAUUUUUUUUUUUUUUUGUGGAUCCAAGUUUUUAAAUAACUAGGAAGAAAACUAAUAUUUUGUUAGACACAAUGCGGAAGGUGCAAAAUUUUCAAUUUAAGAUGUGGUUUUUUUCAGUGUGAUAGCAUGAACAUUCCAUGACUUGAAGUGAAAGGUUGAUAGGGUAUACAAUGUAAAAUUCCAUAAUGAUGAAAAAUCAGGAAAUAAUACUGUAAUAUGGAGGGUUAGAAGCAAAAAGGUAAAAAAAAAAUUGUGGUAAUGAAGUACAAACCAUCACUGAGCUUUAGUUUCUAAAUGAACGUUAUUAACAAAGUACGGGGCAUUAAAUUUUUGAUCACAUUGGGGUGCCAUGUUGUAAGUAUAUGCUUGUAAACUGUUUUACUGUUGUGUAAAAUAUAUAUACACACACAAACACAUCGAGGCUUUUGUUAAGGUCAUUUGUAAAAUUUUCAGUUUGGGGAUUUAUUACUAUGUCAUUUAUUGGUGGGAUUACAUUUCCGUAGGAAAGACAUGAAAAUGCGAUAUACUAUCAGGAUGUCUCUUCAUUGAGAUGCUAAUUUGUUGAAAUCUAAUUGCUGCAUAUGGUUUGUUUGGAUCAGUAAAAUUUCUAUUUUAACCUAACAAAACACUGAAUUAUAUUACAAAAGUUUUAAUGGAACUUUUGAUUGAAAACUUACAAAAGCAAGGACUUCUCAUUAGUAGUUUAGUACAUUAACAAAAUAGAUUACUAGAUUCGUUUUUAUUCUUCCUUCUCAUUCUAUAAACAUUGUCACAGAAAAGUCUUCAAAUAGAAAUAAAUUUUAUAUACGAAUUUUAUUUCUCUACAGAUAAUUGAAAAUUUUCAAAUUACCUUAUUACGGAUUACUAAACAUACUGUUAAUCAUGUUAAGUCUUGCCAGAUAUUCAGUUUUGCUUGUAGGAUUUUUCUCGAGUGGGCCAAAUCCACUGACUUCCAGAAAGUGGGCCAUCCAUGUAAUGAAGCAGGUAGCAACUUCAUGAGUCAUAAAAGCAUAACAUGAUCAGUUAACUUCUGAUUAAGAAGUUAGCACACAGGAUCACACACAAAAGUUGUAAUGGUUUUCAAAUGAGACCCAAAACUUGAGCGCUUUUGAAUAGUUCACUUCUCCAUGAUCAAUUAACUUUUAUUUGAAGAAACAGUAAAUUGAAUCACUGCAGUUUGCUUCAUUUGUGUAUGUACACAUUCACUUACAAAACUUGCAUUGGAGUUGUUUUCUCUGCACCUUUUUCUUUUCUUUGUAUUUUUAUAAUUUUUUUGAAAAUUAACCACUUUUUGAACGUUUUCGUAACUUUCAUUUUUCCGUCAUUUUCGAUAUUCCAUAAUAUCAAGGUAAUCUCUUGCAAAACCAAAAUGAUGUCAUAAUGCAGCCAGUUACAUUCCUUUGCAUAUCAAAAUGAGCUAAUUACUGUUUGGCAUUUUCCGGUCACAACGAAUCAUUAUAAAGUCGUUCAUUAUGCAUUUCAAAGAGCAGAUUUACACGAAAAAAUAAAUGCAUACUUUUAUUUUUUGUGUGCAUGAACUAGUAUGUAAGUAGACGAUUACUUUGCGCAAUCAUAAUAUUGUAAAUAAACCAAGUACGUGUCCUAGAAGCAACACCUGAUAUUGUUCACCAUAUAUCUUGCAUUGCUCUACAAAAAAAAUUUACUGUUUGUUGCAAAAAAAAAGCUAUUGAUGUGGCAAAUUCGGUAUGGGUAACAUGGACUAGUGAAAUAGAACUCUGAAGAUGAUUAACACCAACACUGGUACAAGUUUGUGUUAGGUUUAUGAUAUUUUAUUAUUUCUAAUGGGAAUGAAGUUUGGCCCAUUUAUAUAUAAAUGUAACUUUUUAUUAGUCCAAAAGAAGGUUUUAUCUUACUAACGAAAUUCACACAUUCAUAAAAGAGCUGAUAAAUAUUAGAAGAGAAAAAUUUCUCUUUAAUCCUAAAUUUAUUGACAGAAACGACCUUCCCUUUCAAGUUUUGUAGAAGUUACACAUAAGCUGUAAAAAAAUUGAUCAUAAGUAUGUGUGGAAAGUAAAAUAUUUAAAACAAUAUAUUUUAUAGGAUGACUAAUUUUUAAAGAAUGUUGAAUUAUCAGCCUUGAAUAGAACUACAGAAGCUUUAACAAAAGGAAAUACACAUUAGUAAAUGUAUUUGAACCUGUUAUACUCGAACCAGUAUUGUUUUGUGAUAAGCAUGUUUUACAAAGUUAAAUUGACAGAACACCCCAAAUUCUUGCAUUUCUAAAAUCAAGUGGCUGUUUAAAAAAAAAAAAGUACAUUGAUAAUUAAAUGAAAAUAGUUUUCAUUUAUAUAUAUAAUUUCUACAAGCUAACUAGAUGAGGGGAAAAAAAGGCUAAGAAGAACUUGUAAAUUUACCUCGCUAACUAGAUGAGGGGAAAGAAAUGCUAAGGAGAACUUGUAAAUUUACCUUGCAUAGUCACAGUUUUAGCUUCAAACCAGAUGUAUGAUCAGUUUGGCUUUUAAUUACCUACCUGAUGUUCUACUCAAAAGUCAGCUAGCAAGAGAGGUUAAAGAAGUAUGGUAGGAAGACUUUCAGAAGAUCUGCCAGCUAUUUUAUAGCUGAUAUGCUAUUUAAAAUUAAUGUUAAGAUCUGGAGUCAGCUAGAAAGGAGAGGUUGGUAUAACUUGCUGUUUUUAUUCAACUGGAAGUAGCAUAGGUAUGUAACAAGUGAGUGAUAUUGUCUUAGGAAAUAACUUUUUAUCUAUUAUUCUUCAACAUUAGUGUACCUAGUUCUACAAACAAGGCUAGAGUUUAAAUAUAAGUACCUCAAACAUAACAUUUAGAAAUGGUUUAAACGUGAGUGUGUAAUGGUUGGUUAGAGAGGAAGCGUUAUUGACUAGUUUGCUAUUUAUCGAAGGAACAGUAGAAGUGACUAUCUUGUACAGUCUUUGUAUGCAACAGAAACAGCAUGUGUAGAAAUAUCAGUGUAUUUCUACCCGUCUCACAACAUUUCUUGUCAGAAGCUUUAUACCUAAUAUUCAUUGGUGCAAUGAAUUUGUGUUGUCAUUUCUGGUGGUGAUCAGAAGUUUUACACUUGGAAGGGUGGAAAUGGUAACUUGUUCUUCACAAAAUUACUUCUUGGUGAUUAGAAUCUUACACAAGAUUCUUAACUAACACUUGCAUGGAUUAUCAUUUUUUCUUGAAAUAAAUGUUAUGAUUUGAACUUGAUUUUAAAGUGAUGAAGAAUAGAGUGAAAAAGCUAUAAACUAGAUGUUUUUCAAAAUGAUCGGUUAUGUCUUUUAUCAUUUGGACAAUUGAACAUUUUGUGAAUGUGAUAGAAUUUGACUUUGUUUUUAAUUUAUAGAAAGGAAGUGAUAGCAUGUUUUGGAAGAUUAGUUGUUUUUUUUUUAGCCUUUCAUGCAGAGUGCUUUAGUACUUUGUUUGCAUGUUAAUUGUUUAUAUUACUCAUUGUUACCCUUAGUUGCAUGUUAAUUGUUUAUAUUACUCAUUGUUACCCUUAGUUGCAUGUUAAUUGUUUAUAUUACUCAUUGUUACCCUUAGUUGCAUGUUAAUUGUUUAUAUUACUCAUUGUUACCCUUAGUUGAACGGUAUGUUUUCUGAAAAACUACAAAUUAAUACUUCAGUUUGUUGAAACUGAGGUUAUAGGUAGAUGAAUUUUGUUUAUCAGUAAUAUUCUCGUGAGACUUCUUGGAAACUAACAUUCCAUUUGUAUUUAGGAAUAAAACAUAGUUGUGGGGGUUUCCUUCAAAUACUAGAGGAUUUGUAAACUAACCAUUACAUUGCUCAUGUUGAAUGGACCCUCAGAAACAAGGGUUUUAUAAUGUAUAUUUUGUGUGUGUAAGUAAUAUGGUGCUUUAAUUUCAGUCAUGAUUCAGCAAGUUAGGGAACUUAUAUAUGUGCAAAGAAAUUAUGUUGACAUUUAUUUGUCAUUUAUAUUUGUAAUUAGUCAUUUUUGGGGUACACUUUAAAUUCUCUAAAACUUGUUUGUUUUGCCACUUUGAAAAGCAACAUUUGGGUUUUAAAGUUAAAUGUUUAUUUCAGUUUUAGAAGUAGUGAAAUGAGUCGUGUCGUUUAUUUACAAUAAUAUUUUUAUGAAUGGCCUUAAUUUUCCCAAUUCGUGAAUUGGAUACUAUUCCAAAAAAGGUGGUUAGGGUGCUCGACUCACAGUCUUCGGGUCGCAGGUUUGAAUCCCUUUCCUACCAAACAUGCUCGCCCUUUCAGCUGUGUGGGCAUAAUAAUGUGACAGUCAAUCCCACUAUUCAUUGGUAAAAAAGUAGCUCGAGUUGGCUGUGGUUGGUAAUGACUACCUGCCUUCCCUUUAGUCUUACACUGCUAAAUUAGGGAUGGCUAGCACAGAUAGCCCUCGUGUAGCUUUGUGCGAAAUUCAAAACAAACUAUUCCCAAAAACCAUAAUCAUUGAUCUUUUUCAAUACGUGAAGAGAUAAUUUAAAAACUUUGCUAUCAGUAAUAGAGUCAUAAAUUUCACAAACAUCAGUUAACUUCUGCACAUGUUCUUUGGUGGGUGAGCAGUAAGUGUUUUGGACUUUGGCUACUAAAAUCUGUUUUGCGAUUCUCCGUAAUUGAAAGAGUGCAUGUAGCCCGUUGUGUAACUUUUCACUUAAAGAAUUUUUGCUCAGAUUUUGUGCUCUACUGCAAAGAUUUUACGAAGGUAAAAAGAGACGGCUUAUUUAUAAGUACCUAAAACGGUGUGUGUGGGGAAAGAAAAACUUUGGUUUUAAAUAAAUAUUUGAAUUUAUACGUGUAUAUUAAAUAAUUAACUUCAAAGACCUUGAUUGACAGAUUGCUAAUUUGUAUAAGAUUACACACAGUUGGGCUAUUCAAGUAUUUACUGAUAGUAUUGAUCGACAGAUUGCUAAUUUGUAUAAGAUUACACACAGUUGGCCUAUUCAAGUAUUUACUGAUAGUAAACAUGAGGGUUUCAUUCUAGGGUUAGAAUGUUGAAACAUUUUAUAUAAGUAUAAUGUAUGUAUGUUUAUUUAUAGUUAAAUACAUUGCACAUGGAUACAUUCACUGUACUAUGUAGAAAGUGGCAACAAACAAGAUCUACAGUUGGUAUUAAAGGAACACUGGUAUGAAGCUUUGUUUGCCGAUGUACUUUGAGGCAUAAUUUAUAUGUUAGUACCCAGUUUCUGUUGUAGAAUAAAUACUGUAACUUGGUGGGAUGUAAUAUAGAAAAUGUAGGAGAAAGUAAAGGGAUGGGCCAAACUGAAGUUAAUUGACAAAGUUGAAAAUUACGUUUUGGGACCUUCACCAGGUUUGUAGUAAGGAAAAAACAUGGUAGCAGAUGUUAAACUUUGGUUUAGUUUCAUGUAAAAAAGUAAAGAUGAUUACAGAGGUGCCACUAUAGAUAUAUAGAAUUUAGUUUGCAUUUUGAUUCUAAAUUGUCUUAUGAUGCAUACUGGUUAUACAUCAAGUAUAUUAUUUGCUGCAAACUUGCCAUUAUUUAUACUUAAUGUUAUUAAUAUAUACUGAAAACCUUCAUAUUUACUAAUACUUCACUUAAUAUCUUGGAUAAUAAGUUUAGACAAGUAAUAAAUUAGCGUUAGUUACAAUUUUUUUUUAUCACAGUAUACAGGUUGGCUUAAAAAAAGUGUAGCAAAACAUUUUCCUAAUUGGAAAUGCUCCAAAAUUUUCAUAUAUUAGAAUACAACUUUAAAGAGAGGAUCUAGUGGUAAGUAAAAGUAAUAGUCACAUAUCGUUUUUUUUUAGGUAGGCUAAGUAUAGCUGAACAAAUAUUUGAUACUAACGCAUACGAAACUUUUAAUUCUUAAUUAGUAUCUUUAAAAAGUAAAAAUACAUAAUUUUUCUGGUUAUAUCUUGAAACACUUGCAUGUUUUUAGUAGGUACUCACUCUGAGGCUGAAGACUAGCAUGUUCAGAGAUGCUUCAUAAGAUAGGUGACCGAGCAUUUGUGGGUUUUCGUCAUUCCAACGAAUUCAGAAAUACAUAAGCAAGAUCUUGUUCUAAAUAAGUGAGACAGAAAUAGCCAUCAGUGAGAGAAGCUAAUGCUGACUGUGGGCUGAAGAUGUGACCUGGCUUUCUGUCACAGUUGACCUAUCUUGUUUCACUCCACUGAAAAGUUAGAUUUUGUGGUACUAACAACGUGAAAUGUAACAGCUGAAGAAUAUAAACAGCAUAGUGCUCUCUGAUAAAACUAAUGGAUGUUUAAAGAACUGAGCAGUGAUUAAAUAUGAGUGAUAUUUUUAGUGUUUAUGCAAAGCAAUAAAACUUAAUUUGAAUUGGCAAAUAUUGAGUUUUUGAAGUAUAUGUUACCUAACAAGUGAUACUCAAAUAGGUUUUAAUAAAAAAAAAAGUAGCAGAAAUGCACAUUCA